GAAGGAAGGACUGAGGUGCGUUGCAAAGCUUCUGAUGCCCGGCUGCAUUUCCCAGCCAGGUUUGAGAAAUUGAGAUCAUCCUCAUUCCAGCCCCAGCACAGGACAGAAGAGAGGGCUUGAUCUGAGAAAAUGCUGCGUGACUGUUGCCUCCAACUGCUGGUGGUGACCUGGGUGCUGCUGCUGGUGAUGGCAGCUUUUGCCAUGGAGUGCCCCAAGAUUAAGGUGGGGACAUGCAAGGACUGCAUCCAGUCCGGUCCUGGCUGUGCCUGGUGCAAGAAACCGAAUUUCACUAAAGCUGGUGAGCCAGACUCCGUCCGCUGUGACACCAUUGAGCAGUUGCAGCAGAGGGGAUGCCCACUUGACAAGAUUGAGUUCCCAGUCAACAAAAUUACAAGGACACGAGACCAUGCCUUAAGCAGUGACAUACAGCUGACUCCCCAGGAGGCACACCUGAAACUGAGGAUAGGCCAGCCUGCUGUAUUUGAGGUGAAGUUUCGCCGUGCCGUAGGGUAUCCCAUUGAUCUCUACUACCUCAUGGACCUCUCCUACUCAAUGCUGGAUGACCUGCAGAAGGUGAAGAAACUGGGAGGGGAGCUGCUCAGGGCCCUGGAGAGUACGACCCCUUCUCGACGCAUAGGGUUUGGCUCCUUUGUGGACAAAACAGUGCUGCCCUUUGUGAACACCCACCCCAAGAAGCUGCAGAACCCCUGCCCCAAUAAGGAUGAGCAGUGCCAGCCUCCCUUUGCCUUCAAGCACAUCCUCUCACUGACUGAUGACGCCAAGAAGUUCGAGAGCGAAGUGGGGAAGCAGUUUAUCUCCGGGAACCUGGAUGCCCCAGAGGGGGGACUUGAUGCCAUGAUGCAGGCAGCAGUGUGUGGGGACUUGAUUGGCUGGCGCAAUGUCACCCGUUUGCUCGUGUUUGCUACCGAUGACGGCUUCCACUUUGCUGGUGAUGGCAAGCUGGCAGGCAUCCUGAUCCCCAACGAUGGCAAGUGCCAUUUGGAGGACAAUAUGUACAAAAAGAGCAACGAGUUUGACUACCCAUCUGUCGGCCAGCUGGUCCAGAAACUUGCCGAAAACAAUAUUCAGCCCAUUUUUGCUGUCACCAGAAGGGUGGUGGAUGUUUACAAGAAACUCAGUGAGAUGAUCCCAAAGUCAGCAGUGGGGGAACUGAAUGAGGACUCCAGCAACAUCAUUGAACUCAUCCAGGUGGCCUAUAAUAACCUCUCCUCGCAGAUCAUCCUGGACCACUCCCCCCUGCCAGAUGUCCUGGAUGUCAAAUAUGAUUCCAUUUGCAGUAAUGGCAAGUCUCUCUCAGAUGAAGAAAGAGGGCAGUGUGACAAUGUCAAGAUCAAUGAGGAGGUGAUCUUCAAAGUGAAGGUCAUGGCCAAGGAGUGCAUCAAAAGUCAAUCCUUCACCAUCCGGCCCCUGGGCUUCACAGACACCCUCACUGUCCACCUGGAGAGCUACUGCAACUGCAGCUGCAAUGAUCAGCCCAACCCAGAUGACUGCAGUGGAAACGGCAACGUCGUCUGUGGGAUCUGCAGCUGCAAUUCAGGCUACACAGGGAAGAACUGUGAGUGUGAAACCAAAGGAAAGACCAGUAAGGAACUGGAGGGCAGCUGCCGGAAGGACAACAGCUCAGUCAUCUGCUCAGGGCUGGGGGACUGCUUGUGUGGGCAGUGCUAUUGCCAUGACAGUGACGUGCCCAACAAGGAGAUCUACGGCCCCUACUGCGAAUGUGACAACAUGAACUGCGAGUUUCACAAUGGUUUCCUCUGUGGUGGCAAAGAACGUGGGAGCUGUGACUGUGGGAAGUGCAAGUGCUCGGAGGAGUACGAAGGCAGUGCCUGCCAGUGCAAGAAGUCGACAGAAGGCUGCUUGAACGCCCGCCGCAAUGUGUGCAGCCUCCGUGGGACCUGCCACUGCAACCAGUGCCAGUGCUGGGAGGGCUACCAGCCCCCCCUCUGCGAGGAGUGCCCUGGCUGCCCCUCACCCUGCAGCAAAUACGUCUCCUGUGUAGAGUGCAAGGCCUUCCAGAGUGGCCCCUUCGAGAAGAACUGCUCCCAGGCCUGCCCCAACAUCCAGGUGGCUGAGGGUUUGACAAAGGAGAAGAAAAGCAAGCACUGCAGGGAGAAGGACUCACAGAACUGCUGGAUCACCUUCCGCAUGAUCCAGGAGGACGGCGACAUGUACAGCGCUACCUAUGAUCCUAAAAAAGAGUGCCCAGAGCCUCCCAAUGUUGCGCUGAUCGUGGGUGGCACCGUUGCUGGCGUGGCCCUCAUCGGUCUGGUGCUCCUGCUCAUCUGGAGGCUCCUGAUGGAGCUGUUUGACCGCCGGGAAUACCGCCGGUUCGAGAAGGAGAAGGCCAGGGCCAAGUGGAAUGAUGCUGAUAACCCCCUCUUCAAGAGUGCCACCACCACGAUCGUGAACCCCAGGUUCAAUGGGCAAUGAAGCAAAGCAAUGCCCGCAGCUGUAGGAGCCACUCUUAAAUAAGGAAAUGCCAAGCUAAGGAAAUCUCAGACUAAGGUUUCCACCUCUUCCUAUUCCUCCUGUUGGUUUGUUCCCUUCUUCCAAGAGGCCACCAGCAUGUCAGGCAGUGGCUGAGGGGCUGCACUGCACCUGGCAAGCACCCCAUGGUUGGGUUAGUGGAGCUGGGAGAAGGGAACAGAUACAGCUUUGCUGUGGAUGGGACUGGAGAGCAGGUCUGACCAGUGGACACAUGCAACAGCUUCUGUAUCAUUUACCAACUGCCUCAGCUCUUGAUUUUAACUCUGCCUUCUGGCAGGAGUCUUGUACAUCAAGCCCCAAGACCAGCUGAGUAUGCAGAGCACUUCUAGCUUUGACUUGGAGCUGGGAUUUCAAAACUGCCAUUUCCUUUCUGCUCUAGCAGGAUUUGCUUCCAGGCUGUGCCAAGCCUUCUACUGUGCACUGGUCUCCACCACUAUGUCUGCACUACCUUCUAAAGCACGCACUGCUGAGUUGGAUGUGGAGUGUCUGGAGGUCUGCUCUGGAGGGUGCAGUGAGGUGAUAGGCCUCAAGGGCUAGUGAGCACUUUUGUUUGGGGAUGAAGAACAACUAGAGAACAUGCACUGAAUCUUCUUUCCAAAUCAUCAGAUGCUUACUGGUGUCAAUUCCUCCCAGAGCUACCUUGGGCAAUGUUCUCCUUGGGUUCCUGCAAGCUGGGCUUACCUCUGUCAGGCCUUGAGCCCUGUGCCUGGCAAGGAGGCAAGGUAGCAACCCUUUCAACUAUUAAACAUUGUCACAUGAAGCAUUGUCUGCACCUCAGAGCUCAGCCACAGCUUCAUCCACCACGCUCAGGGCCAGGUCUGCUCCCCGCUCCAUGAGCACAGCAGGAGUGCCAAGGGCCAGGCCUGCAAAAGACCUGGCAGUACCCAGGGCAUCCGCAACUCAGCUCUUUUCCAAACCAUUACUCUUACAUUGUGGGGUUAUUCCUAUGAAAUAGUGCUACAAUGCCAUGUUUUGUUUAAGUCUGGGAAGAAUUUUCAUAUAGCUGUAUUGUGUCACAUCUUCAU